AGAGGUAUAAUACAAAUAGUUUAAUAUCAUUGUUCUUAUUUUUUGAUACUUAACAUAUGUAGUUAAUAAUUAUGUCUUGUUUUCGAAUUAGUCAAUCCCCAUGUCCAUUCGUGAAGACGUGGUGGAUACUCAAUCAUUCAAUGUACUUCAAUCUCUUGUCGCUGAUUAUGUUUUCAAUAAAGCGUUGUCAAAAAGGUUUGUCGCGUCUAGAACAUUCAUAGAUGUGUUGUUACAAUUUUUGCCUUCAUAUGCUUCCAAUUUACUGAAGUUUGUUUGAACAUAUUAUUAUUUUAGUGAGCUUCUUGUUGACUUUGGUCAUGAACAUGGAGUUCGUGGAGAUUUUGCAUGCUUACGUCCUAGACAAAAUUUGAUGGAUGUUGUAAUAAAUUUAGAAGCCUCAAAGCUAAAUUAUUUUGAAAGACAAUUCAUAGGCAUACGAAGUAUAAGAUGCUAUCUUCCCACGACAUUUUCACAAAUGAUUUUGUGCGGGAAUCCUCAUCAUUUUUUCGAUAGAAAAACAUCCAUCGUUAGUAAGUACAUUAGUGAAUUCGAUGAUUGCGAGAAGCUAUUUAUUCCAAUGCAUGACGAAUGCCCUGGUCAUUGGUAUCUGUGCGUCCUUGACUUCAAAAACUCUCAUACCCAAAUUUUGGACUCAUUACGAUCGAAGAAUCGAGACAAGUUCCGGUUUCAGAGUGUCAAAACAGUGGUUGAAUUUUGUCAAACGUUCUUCAAACUAUCUGACAUAGGGAAAGAUGUCUUCCAAUUCUCCAUUGAUUGGCCUCCUUCGAUUCCGAGCCAAGAGAAUGGGUUAGUAUGA